UGGACACGUCAAGAUUUCGCCAUCGACACUAGUCACCUUGCAUGUAAUGUGCAUGGACAAAUGUACAAAUUUACAUGCACGCUUAGCCUUUAAUCUUGUAUAAAUAUGCGAACCCUUUAAGCCAUUCUUCCCACAGGAGCAUAAAAUUAAAGAAAAUUAGAAAAAAUGGUGAUCAAUUCGAAAGCUUGGCUUCCUUUCCUGUUGUUGGUUUCUUCUCUUUUCCUUGCCUUCUCUCUGUCUUUCACUCUUGCAGAGCAAGAUACAGACCAGCAAUGUCAACAAGAAUGUAAGGACUUCCAGAGCCUUCCAAUACAAUCCACGUGUUUGUCCCGAUGCAAGAAUAUGGGGCCCUGGUCGGGUCCUCCGGUUGCUGGCGAAAUGGUGUGGUACAGCCAAUCUCAUGGUCAGGAAUGCCGACAGGAGUGUGAGAAGCAGGGAACUCGGGUUCCGCUGGAACAUUGUCAAAGGAAGUGCAUGCAGCAACGGAAAUUCAAGCAGUGCCACGAACAAUGCCAACAGACCAUUCAAUCGCCGGAGAUAUGCCAGAAGAUUUGCGGCCAGCAUAUUGAGGGAGGACAAGGUGAGGAGUUACAAAGUUAUGUUUCUAACCAUCACGAGCUGCAGCAGUGUCAGCAGCGUUGCCAGUCGCAGCGCGGCCAAAAGCAGCACCAGUGUUUGCAAGAAUGCCAAGAUCAAAUGAGGCAACAUGGUCAUCAGCAAUGCCAGCAGCGCUGCCAAUCACAGCGUGGCCAAAAGCAGCAUCAGUGUCUGCAAGAGUGCCAAGAUCAAAUGAGGCAACAAGGGCAGCAAGGACAAGAUCAAAUGAGGCAACAAGGACAACAAUAUGGGCAACAUCAAUGUCAGCAGCGUUGCCAGUCGCAGGGCGGCCAAAAGCAGCACCAGUGUCUGCAAAAGUGUCAAGACCAAACGGGGCAACAUGGACAACAAGGACAACAAGGACAACAAGAACAAGAGCGCGAGCAGAUGAAGAUAAUAUGCCAGCAACAUUGUGAGAUGCAGCAAGGGAGUGGUGGGGGGCAGCAAUGCCAAAGACAGUGUGAGCAGCAAGUUGAACAGCUAGAGAAACAAUUCGAACAAUGCCACCAGCGGUGCCAGAGCCAAAAACAUGGUCAACAACAGCAAUGUCUAAGUACGUGCAUACAGGAGAUUAAAGAUCAGCAACGAAGGCAACAGCAAGGGCAAGGGAAAGGACAAGGCAGUGGAGACAACGGAGUAGAGGAUGAAGACCAAAAUGGCAAAUCCAGACAGCGUUACGAUCAGUGCAUGGAGAGUUGCAGCAGACAACAACAGGGUCAAGGAGAACAAGAACAGUGCCCAAGGCAGUGCAGGGAACAAUUUGAACAGGAGAAAGGGCAGUACCAGCAGUGCAAGCAGGGCUGCGAAAGGUCAUCGCAGCACGAUGAUGAAAGACGACAAUGCAAAGAAAAGUGCAAACAACUGAGAGAGCAGCAGCACCAAAGAGGAGGAGGAGGAUGUAAUGAAGUAGAGGAUGACGAGGCACUAAAUGGCUCAGGUUAUGGUGGUGCCAAAGAGCGAUAUGAGCAGUGCAAGCAAAGCUGCAAGAGUCAACUACAGGGCCAGGGACAACAAGAGCAAUGCCCAAAACAGUGCAAGCAACAAUUUGAACAGGAGAAACGGCAAUUCAAGCAGUGCAAGAAGGGUUGUGAAAAGCAAGCACAGGAUGAUGAUCAGAAAAAACAAUGUAAACUACAGUGCGCACAACAAGGACAGCAGCAGCAGGGCGGCAGCACAGGAGGAGUUCAUCCGAACCAAUAUGGACAAGGAGAAGAGGAGCAGAUGAUGGGGGAUCAGAGGAACAAUCCCUUCUACUUUCCAUCACAGAUGUUUCAGUCGCGGUUCCAGUCCGAUGAAGGAAGUCUUCAGGUACUUGUGAGGUUUGGAAAGAGUGAGCUUCUUCGUGGCAUUAAGAACUACCGCUUGGCCAUCUUUGAGGCAAUGCCUAACACUUUUGUUCUCCCACACCAUUGUGAUGCUGAAGCGAUUUUCGUUGUUCUCAACGGACAAUGUACCUGUACUCUUCUCUUGAAAGACAGAAAGGAGUCCUUCAACAUAGAGCAUGGAGAUGUGAUUAGAGUUCGUGCAGGGACUACUAUUUACUUAACUAACAAUAACAAUGAUGAACCUCUUCACAUUGCAAAGCUCAUCCGCUCUGUUAACAGUCCUGGACGAUUUGAGGAAUUCUUCCCUGCUGGUUCUGGAAAUCCCGAGUCAUACUUCAGCGUUUUCAGCAAUGACAUUCUUGAAUCUGCCUUCAGUACCCCAAGAAAAGAGCUAGAGCAGGGCUUUAGACAACAAAGGGGCCAACAAGGGGGCCAAGGCAUAGUCAUGAGAGCCCCAAAGGAGCAACUUGAGGCAUUGAGUCAGCGUGCUUCUUCGGCCAGGCGUGAAGGACGCCGACAGUCCGAGGGUCCGUUCAAUCUGAGACAACUAAAACCUGUGCACUCCAACAACUACGGCCAGCUCUUUGAGGCUCGCCCUGAAGAGUUCAGUCAGUUCCAGGACAUGGACGUCUCAGUCAGUUGCAUUGAGAUGAACCAACAAACUAUGAUGGUGCCACACUUCAAUUCAAAAGCUACAUUCCUCAUAUAUGUUGUGGAAGGAAAUGUACGUGUCGAAAUGGUGUGCCCGCACUUGGCAAGCCAAAUGCAAGGCCAAGAGACGACGGAGCAACAGGAGCAGGGAGAACACAGUGGAAGGUUCAUGAAGGUCAAUGCUCAACUAUCACCUGGUGAUGCUUUCGUUAUCCCAGCUGGUCAUCCUGUUGCCUUUGUUACCCACAGCAACAAUGGCAACCAAAACCAGAACAUCCGAAUCCUGGGAUUCGGACUCAAUGCCCAAUAUAGCAUGAGGAACUUCCUUGCAGGGCAAAAGGACAACAUAAUGCUGCAGAUGAAUAGGGAGGCUAAGCAGCUGGCAUUUGGGCAAGACAUGGAAAAAAUCUUUGGGAAGCAGCAGGAAUCGUACUUUGUGCCAGCUCACAAGGGAAGAAGAGGGAAAAGCCAUCCUAUGUCUUCUAUUUUGGAGUUUGCUGGCAUAAUCUAAUUAACUUGUUUAAUUAAGCUAUCUCGGAAUAAUAGUAGGGAAGAAGGAAGUACGAAUGGAGAGAGAAGGUAGUGUGUGAUAUUUGACUCCAAAACCCUAAUAAAAGUAGUGUAUGUAGA